GCAUAUAGUAUGAAUCGCGCGCACACACACACACACCACACGUGCGCGCGCGCGCAUUUCUCCCGCUAUACGCGUGCAUAUACACAAUGCCAUCUCGAUAGCGUAGAGAGACGAGAUCCUUCGUCCGUUUCUCUCUCUCCUUGUCUCUCUCCACCGGCCCUCUAGCCCAGUUCCGGGCACGGCCACUGAUCCAUCGAUAAGGAAGUUUGCUGUCCUCUCUCGCGGCAGGUUCGUUCGUGCCGGUCGUGCACGAUGUGCGAAUCCACGGGAUCGAGCAUCUCGUUGUCGCAUAGUCGGGGUCGAAGCGCGCUGUGUACUUUUGUAGUACUACUACCACACUAUUACUACUACUACCGGUCACGUGACUCAGACUAUCCGCGGGGCAGGACGAAUUACGGGUUGCGGAAUACAAUGAAUUACAUACAAAUUAAUCGCUAGUGGUAAUUACUCCUAUUUACAUCGACCUACGCGACUUGGGAGAGUAAAGCGUUUCAUUUCUUUCACUUUUCUUUCACGUUCCGUGACGAACGUCAGGUGUUUCGAUUGUCAGGCUGACAUGGUCUCGACGAAGAUAGAAUUAAUCCCCCGUAGACUAGUGUGAGUUCGAGACUGUCGCUAUCGCAAACGUAUCUGUUCGUUAAUGUCGCCGAAAAAAGAUCUCUCGUCACGACUCGCUUGUAAAAUUGCGAAAGUAGGAAAAAUGAGAUAAGUAUCAGUUAUCGUUACUAACCUAGUUUUCCUUUCAAAUCGAAAUAACGUGAGAAAAUUACUUUUAUCCAUGAAGGAGUUCGAGCAAGGCAACUGUCUUGCGGUAUUCGUUCGUUUUCCCUUGCGCGAGAGAGCUCGAUUCUUCGUGGAUCUCACGCGCGGGCACGCACUAUCUUCCCUCUUCGGAUUCGCUCUCUUUCCCUGUGUACAAUCAAGAUAUAAAUAAAAUAAAACAGUGUCGGAGGAGUGCCGCGGCCGAAAAUAAAUGCGCCGUCAAUACAAGUAGAAUCGCGAAGUGGAGUUGCCAGCGAAGAAGUGAUAAGAAAACACGCGUGACCGAAUUAAUUGAAUUGAGCGGGAUUUUUCAGCAAAUCGCCGGAAAAUGGGCUGUGCUCGCGACUGUGUAUCUCUUGCGUGAUUUCAAGACAUAAACCAAUCGAUUGCGCGCGCGCGCGAUAUUCAAAACAAACCGGGGUCUUUCCGGAGCGCUCCAAGUGUCGUUCGUUGGUUGCAGGCUGUUACACAGUUUUCCUGGAUCACAUACUACUGAAUUAGAUUUUCUCACGAUAGCUAACGCAUGUAGCGUUAAAAAAUCCGUAGAACUGUACGUGCAUGCGUAUAUGCUGCACUCGGCAGAGAGUUUAAUCCGAGACACGAACGUAGUCGCGACGCGUCGCGUUGUUGUAACAACGGACGCGAGUGAGAGACGCGCGCGUAGGUGCGUAAUUUAUCGCUACGCGGGACGCUCGACGACGACGACGUCACACACGCGCUUGUCGCGGCCGGCCGGAAUGACGUAGCGUGUCGUCGCUCUCUUCUCCGGCUUAUCGGUGCUGUUAAUCGAAGGCGCAGCGCGCGCGCGCCCCCGCCGGUGUUCUCCUCUCUCUUUCUCUCUCUCUCCCUCCGCGUCGCCGGUCGCCGCGGCCGCGGACGCCGCGUACGAAAAUAUGCGUGACACGAGAGCCAGUUAACCGAGGCCGAGCCGCAGAGAGUUCAGAAGCGCAACGUAAUGUCUGCUGGGUCACAAAUUCAGAUGGCACCCCAAUCAACUGUAAACUCUGGUCAGUCGGUUCAUAGUCAAGAUUCGAACAUGAGCACUGGCUCAUCGCACAGUGAUAAGGAGGUGGAUGCAAACACUCCAGAAAAAGUACCACGGACUGCUACUGAGAGGAAGAGAAAACGCAAGGCAGACGACGGAGGUGGGGGUAUUUCAGGAGGUCCUGUAGGGAGUAAAGGCGCUAGAUCAGUCGCUGCCCUUGAUAAUAAGAAAAUUAACGAGUAUUUCCCAAAGCAUCAUCUGGGUAAUAGUCCUAUACGGCACGGUGGAGCCAAGAGCCCUUCUCCUCAACAGGGUUAUUCUAUGGUAAGCUUUGGAUAUCCACCAUCGCCUCAACAGUUACUUUCACCCCAAGUAACUACACCGAAUUCUUCAGUGGCGGAAUUCUCUGCUUCACUGAUGCAGCCGCCAAGACCUCAUCCACAACCUCCACCUCCUCCUCCAACAGCUUCGACACAACCUGCAGGCUCCAUGGUCAGCAAGCAGGUGCAGGUAAGGCCUACCAACCUCAAUAGGACAAGCCAGGUCAGACAAGCGAAGACUAACACCCCAAAUACAGAACUUACUUGCCAGAGGAUACAGGAAUUUGAAACUCAAGCUUCUUCGGACUUAGAACUACGUAACAGCAGAAUUGAAGAAUUAAGUAGGACAACGGACGAACUUAAGCUUCAAGUGUCUAAUCAAGCGAAAAUGAUUGAGCAGCACAAAUCACAUAUAAAUAAGUGUAUAGACGUUGUAAAGAAGUUAUUAAAAGAAAAAUCAAACAUAGAAAAAAAGGAGGCUAGGCAGAAGUGUAUGCAAAAUAGACUGAGGCUGGGCCAGUUCGUUACGCAGAGGGUGGGCGCCACCUUUCAGGAGAACUGGACCGACGGCUACGCGUUUCAGGAGCUCGCGCGACGACAGGAAGAGAUAGCGACUGAACGGGAAGAGAUCGAUAAGCAAAAGAAGUUGCUGCUCAAGAAGAGGCCGUCGAAUAGCGAGACUGGCAGAAAACGUAGCCAACCGCAAUCCUCCCUGCAUAAUGGUACCGAGGCGACGUUCUUGAAGCCAGAUGCAGUACCUGGGUAUACAUGGCAGGAGUAUUAUGAAGCUGAUGAAAUACUCAAGUUAAGGCAAAGCGCGUUGAAGAAAGAAGACGCGGAUCUGCAAUUAGAAAUGGAGAAACUCGAGAGGGAGCGGAACCUACACAUCAGGGAGCUGAAGCGUAUUCACAACGAGGACCAAUCGAGAUUCAACUCCCAUCCUGUUUUGAACGAUCGUUACCUUCUACUAAUGUUGUUAGGAAAGGGUGGUUUCAGCGAAGUGCACAAGGCAUUUGACUUAAAAGAGCAACGGUAUGUGGCUUGCAAAGUGCAUCAAUUAAAUAAAGACUGGAAAGAAGAUAAAAAGGCUAAUUAUAUAAAGCAUGCGUUGCGAGAAUAUAAUAUACACAAAGCGCUGGAUCAUCCACGAGUCGUAAAAUUGUAUGAUGUAUUUGAAAUUGAUGCCAAUUCCUUUUGUACCGUUCUGGAGUAUUGUGAUGGCCAUGAUUUAGAUUUUUACCUCAAACAACAUAAGACUAUACCCGAGAGAGAAGCGAGAUCUAUUGUUAUGCAAGUCGUAUCGGCAUUAAAAUACCUCAAUGAAAUAAAACCCCCAGUCAUACAUUACGAUCUAAAACCAGGUAAUAUCCUGUUAACCGAAGGCAACGUGUGCGGCGAAAUAAAAAUCACGGACUUCGGUUUAAGUAAAGUCAUGGACGAGGAGAAUUACAAUCCGGAUCACGGGAUGGACCUAACGUCCCAAGGAGCGGGUACUUAUUGGUAUCUGCCUCCUGAGUGUUUCGUCAUCGGUAAAAAUCCUCCCAAAAUAUCGUCUAAAGUCGACGUUUGGAGCGUAGGAGUUAUAUUUUAUCAAUGCCUAUACGGUAAAAAGCCUUUUGGUCACAACCAGUCGCAGGCUACCAUUUUAGAGGAAAACACGAUACUAAAGGCCACGGAGGUCCAGUUCGCAAAUAAACCAACCGUCAGCAACGAAGCAAAGAGUUUCAUAAGAAGUUGCCUAGCAUAUAGAAAGGAGGAGCGCAUAGACGUACUGACAUUAGCUAGACACGAAUACCUGCAACCCCCAGUGCCAAAACAUGGCCGCCAAGCGAACAGUCAACAGCAGCAGCAACAGCAGCAAAUACAGCAGCAGCAGCAACAGAGCUCGUUCACUAUUGGCAUGUUUAGCGGUAUGAACGCGUCGAGCAGUUCGUAGUGGAGAGGAAGGACUAAGGACGAGAUCCUCGAUAUACCAAUACAUGCCAAAUCUUGAACGCUCGGACUGCACACCAUUUCAUCUUUAGGGAAAUAACGAUUGCUAUAACCAAUUGUAAAUAUUAAACCGGAUACUAUCACCGUCACCACCCACCACCACCACCACCACCACCACCACCACCACCAUCACCAC